AUGGAGGAGAUUGGGGCUGCACUUAAUCAAAUGGUUCCUCUCAAGGCACCAGGGCCAGAUGGAUUUUCGUUAGCUUUUAUCAAAAGCACUGGGCCACAAUGGGAAGGGAGGAUGUGGGGUAAGGAAGGUUUUAUGGCGGUAAAGCUUGAUAUGAGCAAGGCUUAUGAUCGGGUAGAGUGGAGGUUCUUGGAGGCGGUUAUGAAGAAAAUGGGGUUUGAUGAUAGAUGGGUUCGACUUAUUAUGAUGUGUGUCACCUCAGUUAAUUAUAAAGUUUUGGUGAACAGAACCCCUAUGGGAAACAUCAUUCCCUCUAGAGGAAUCCGGCAAGAGGAUCCAAUUUCACCAUACUUGUUCUUAAUUUGUGCCGAGGCUCUUAGUGCUCUUUUGGUAAAGCGGAAAGUAAGGCAUUGGAAAAGAAUGUCUAGGAUUUUACAGAUUUAUGAAGAUGCUUCAGGCCAAAAACUGAACAAGGAGAAAACUUCAAUAUUUUUUAGUAGGAACACGGAGCAAAUGACAAAGAGACGGAUAUUGGAGUUGACAGGUGUCCCCGAAAACCACCGUUUUGAUACUUAUCUUGGGUUACCGGCAUUAGUUGGAAAGUCGAGGUCUCAAGCUUUCAAAGGUAUUAAGGAUAGGAUAUGGAAGCGACUUCAGGACUGGAAAUUGAAAUUCCUUUCCCAAGCAGGGAAAGAAAUCUUGUUGAAAGCCGUGAUUCAGGCCAUACUUACAUAUAGUAUGAGUAUCUUUAUGCUUCCAAAAUGUUUGAAUUCAGAAAUUAACUCUUUGAUGCAGAAGUUUUGGUGGAGACAACAUAAUAAGGACUCAGGCAUUCACUGGAUGAGCUAG